CGCUUGAAAGAUCAAAAAAGGCAAUUUUUGAAAUUGCUUGUCACUUGGAGGUACCCUCAGGAGUGCCUUUUGUAUACUUGACAUUUAUACUUGUUGUUCUUACAAAUAACUGCAUUGUAGUGAAAUUAGUCCUACAUUAGCGGAUCUUGCAGUGGAAGGAUUCAUACCGCAGUGCAGCAGCAGACGAUCUGUAAAAUAUUAUCUACAUCACGGCAUUGAGGACUCAAAGGAACCAUAAACUUUUUUGAUCUACGGCUCUUAAAUAAAACUAUGAAGGGCACCGACGCCUCAAUGCACCUCUACAUCCCCUUCAGGGGAAAUGAGAUGAGCGAUUUGUGCACAUCUCUCAGCAGGGGUCCAUUUUGCCCUUCUAUUGAACCUCAAGACCACCAACCUGAACAAACCCAUUUCUACAAGGAGGAGGGUCUGGUUGAGACAGCCAAACUUGGUCUUGACAAAUUCAGGCUAACUGGCUCAUCUGAGUUAGUGUGGAUGAAAGAGUUGCUGCUGCUGUGUUCGGAAUACCAGACCUUCAUGAACAUGGGCAACCAACAAAGCAUCAGGAGCAAGACAAACGUCAAUAGCACUGAAAUUCGGAGACCAAAGAUGAGAACAGAUGGAUUUGUUUGCACCGGAACUCCUUUGCUUCACCUCAAGUCUCCACCACACCCUCCAAAGCCAAGAAGGCUACCUAAAUUCUGGAGGACAAGCACUCCUACAAUUGAGGAUAAAUUUGAAGAAGAGAGGAACUUCAUUUGCAUGCCUUCCACUUUGCCGCAGGAAAGGGAGACAAAAGGCGAUUCAGUGUUUGAAAAGGAUGAUGGACAAAUUGACUUUAAGCACUCAAAGCUUUCUGCCAAAGGCUCUUCAUGCGUCACCGGAAAAUGUCCUUUUUCGUGCCGAGAGGAAGAGACUUCCUCAGAGACGGACCUCUCCGAAUAUGACGACAUCUGCUCCCUUUUUGAUUCGGAACCGAGGAUUGAAGAAGGUAACGCGGACAGGAUACAAUCGAAGGUCAAUACUCAAAACGAGAUAGUGGAACUAAAUUCUCAGGCAGCCACCGCAGCCCGCGUAAUGCGAAAGAUUGAGGAGGUGGAAGGCAUCAUCGGUCGGGUGAGCUGCACCAGUUCAAAUUGGAUCCGAAAAAAUGUAAAAGAUGAGUCUCAUUCGUCGAAAGCUAGGUGUAUGGACAACAAGGCUCUGCACGGCCCCCAAAUCCAGACCCAAGACAAGGACUGCAAAUAUGACAAGCGUCGGCUGGUCGACGAGCUCCGUUGUUUGGGCGAGGAACUGAGUGAGAGUCUCCAACGAGCCCUGAAGAUGGAGGGAGAGAACAAAGAGUGGUUGUCAUUAUGCACGCAGAGAGAACAUGAAAGCGUAAAUAAGAACACACCCAUGAGAAUGCCAUCAUAUGGUCGGCACAUUUCAACAGCGCAUAACAAUUCUUUGGCAGGCUGCUUGUCAACAAGUGCAGGGAUGCCCCAUCGGUCUCCAACAUUGCCUUUAUUCACGUCAAGGCAAAAUCGGCGCAAAGAUGAACUAUGUGACCGAUGCGCACUCUGGACAAGAUUAGCCAAGGACAGCUGGAGCGAAAAGGAGAACGUCGAUUGGACUAAUCGCAGAUGGAGAGAGCAGACGCACAGAUGCCUCGGUGAAGCUGACGUUGAGCAAGACGACCUGCUGUCCCCAGACGAAGCACUGCAGAAACAGCAGGAGUUCUGGCAGCGGGAGAUCGAGGAGUCUCUGUCGUUCCGCAGGUGGUUCUCUCAUCCUUCUCGACCCAAGCUAAUUGACUUCCUGCGCAUCACCGCCCCCGAAGAUGAUAUCAGCAGGACACCUAGUCCCGUGUUACCAGACCUAAGCUCAGAAACAUCCAGUCCAGCAGAAGAAGAAGAACGAAUUCCGGGCCGUCUACAAGCAGUCUGGCCACCACCCAAGGAGGAGAAAAUCGGUCUGAAGUAUUCUGAAGCAGAGCACCAGGCAGCACUUCUGCAGCUGAAGCGAGAAUUCAGAGAAGAAGUGGAAAAGUUACAGGAGGACUUCAGUCAGGAACUGUGCAGACUGAGGCUCGAAAACGAGGUCACAGUGUCCCGCAUGGAGCUCAGCCUGGCUGAGCUUCGGACCAAACUCUCCCAGCUCGGCACCUUCAGACCCGGCGAACUCAGAGACGUGGCCGUGUCCACGCAAGAUGACAUAUUUCCACACAAAGCCUUCCGCACCGUCUGCAUCCAAACAGACCGAGAGGCCUUCGUGAAGAACGAUGACAACGGGCAGAAGAAAGCCUGCGCUCAAACUCACCAGCAGAGGGUGACCCCCCAAAAAAUGGACUUGGCUUCUAUCAGUUUGAGCUUGGCAGGUCAGCGAGAGGGAGGCCCCCCAUGUCACGCGCCAAGCGAUAUCAUUCCACCACCUCCACCUCUGCCAUGUUCCACGCCGCUGCCGACCCUCAAACAACCAAACGUCCCACCGCCACCUCCACCCGCUCCAUUUAUGUCACACGCAACUCCUCCGCCACCUCCGCCCCCUCCAUUCAACUCGCAUUUAACUUCCUCAACGCCGCCAUCUUUAUUUGCAACUCCCAGAAAACCUGCGGUGGAGCCUUCAUGUCCCAUGAAGCCUCUGUACUGGACCAGAAUUCAGAUUGAGGACAACAAGAACAACACACUGUGGAAUGUUUUGGAAGAGCCACAUAUCAUGAAUGCAGUCGAGUUUGAGGAACUGUUUGCCAAAACCACCACACGACCCAAGAGGAGACCACUGGUGGAAAAUUUUGAGAAGACAAAAGCCAAGAAGAUCAUUAAGCUGCUGGACAGUAAACGCUCGCAGGCUGUCGGGAUCCUCAUAUCAAGCCUCCACUUGGAAAUGAAAGACAUCCGACAAGCCGUUCUGACUGUGGAUAACUCUGUGGUGGACCUUGAGACGAUUGAGGCGCUGUACGAAAAUAGAGCUCAGCCAGAGGAGCUGGAGAAGAUCAAGACGCAUUACAACACAUCUCAGGAAGAGGAGGUUAAAUUCUUGGACAAACCUGAGCAGUUCCUGUAUGAGCUCUCGCAGAUUCCAGACUUUGCAGGCCGAGCCCGCUGCGUCAUUUUCAAGGCAGCCUUCAACGACGGGCUGGCGUCCAUUCAACACAAACUUCAGAUUCUCUCAUGCGUGAGUGAGGCUCUGCUGGAAAAAGAUGGGGUGAAGGAAGUACUGGGACUGGUCUUGGCUUUGGGAAAUCACAUGAACGGAGGCAACAGGAUGAGAGGCCAGGCUGACGGCUUCGGUCUAGAAAUCCUUCCAAAACUCAAAGAUGUCAAGAGCAGGGACAACCGCAUCAGCUUGGUGGACUACGUGGUAUCGUAUUAUCUUGAAAAUGUUGACAAGAAUGCCGGAACUGAAAAGAGUGCAUUCCCACUUCCUGAACCUCAGGAUGUCUUCCUGGCAGCGCAGCUCAAUUUUGAGGACCUCAAUGCAGAGCUGAGAAGGAUUGGGAGAGAUCUAACAGGAUGUGAAAACGACGUGCAGAAGGUCUGCUCAGACUCCCCUGAGGAACAUCUGCAGCCAUUUAAAGACAGAAUGGAGACAUUUCUUCUCAGUGCACGUAAAGAACACCUGGGGGCUUCCUAUCAGUUGAUGACAGCACAAAAACGUUUCCAGGACUUGUGUGUGUACUUUGGGCUGAAGCCGAAAACGGGAGAAACAGAGGUGGCGUCUGGUCAUUUCUUCAUGCUGUGGUUUGAGUUUUGCGCCGACUUCAAGGCCAGGUGGAAAAGGGAGAAUCGGAACUUCACGAAAGAAAGGUUAAAGGAGGCCCAGCAGUCAGUGAAGAAGCUCACAGCAGAGAAGAAAGUGGAGACCAGAAAGAUAAUCCCGAACAGUCUGAAAGAACGACUGCGGCAGAAGGAAGCGAACAUGACUUCGAUUUAAGAUCUGAAAAUGAAAAACAGAAAUUAUAUUUAUGCUAUACAGUGGAACCUCGGAAGUACCAUCCAUCUUUACAUCCAUUUUCUAUUCUGCUCAUCCUCUCCCAUCUGGCUUUGGGCGAAUGGUGGGACGCUUCCCCCUUAUGUCCCCCCCACGCUUUUGACCACAGAACAGGAAGUGGAAUCUUUUGUGAUGAAGUACUCCACACGUCCCCGUUCUGGCUUCUUACUACAAUAUGACGGAAGCGACAUUAAGUCAACAUCCAUGGUAAAAUAAGAAAGGAUUGUAAAAUCUAAAAUCAUCUGAAAUCAACCCUUUUUCUGUACUGUUUUUACAUGUGAGAGUAUUAAUAAUGUUAAAAUGUUAUCUGCACAGUGAAUAAAGGUUUUUAUGACGACCCAGGAAAUUACGGUAAAGUAUUAAUAUCUAUCACUUCUACAGUGUAUAACAAGUUUUCUUAUUAUCAUUUAAUCCGAGUUUGACUACCUCGAAAUUUGUGCCCACUAUACUAAGUGAAUCUCACACUUGUCCUCGCUGAGCUGCACCGGAAUGGAUCGGGAUCACAAUCAGGGAACUGAACUCUGCCCAUUCCCUUUUCUAUUUUCAAAUUUUUUCAUUUUCUUUUGCUUUGACAUGUAUAAAGACUGACGACUUUCACGAAAGUCGUGCUACCGAAAAAUGUAGAUAAAACAAACUUUUCAUUCCACACCCAAUAUUUUUUUUACCGCUUCACCUUUUCAGGGUCACAAGGUGAUCUUGAGCCGAUUUUUGAAGGAAUCUUGUGAACGCUAAACUAUUUAUCUACAAAUAAAUAACUAAUUACGAUGGU